AUGUCAUCUCCUAUCAAGAUAUCAGAUACAGGAGAAUCAUAUAUCCCCUUAAAAGUCCCCUCUCGCCUUGGAGUCAAUGAGGAGGGUGACCUACGGUUGACACCAUGGAAGGAAGAUGAUCUGGAUGAUCUCAUCGAAUUGUUCAAUCUUCCCAACAUAGAAAACUGGGGCAGGGGUCGACCUUCACCAUUCACUCGAUCCGACGCAGAGGACCUCAUACCUGAAAUCCAAUCCCACCUUUCCUUCAACCUUUCACCUUCCCUCUCGACAUAUCCCAAAACGCGUGUCAGGUUAUCUCCCCUUGGGGCAGUUCGUACCGAGCAAGGUAAAGUGAUCGGUACAAUGGGUGUCAAACCUCCUUUAAAACCCGAAUCUGAAUGGGAAGUCACGUAUAACGUCCAUGAUGAUUAUGCCGGGAGGGGUAUCGGUAAUGCCAUGGUGGGAGUUGCUGUAGAUUUGGCUAGAUGGUUAGGAAUUGAAAGAUUGAUAGCUCACACGGAAAGAGGUAAUUUAGCUUCCAACCAUAUCCUACGGAAGAACGGGUUCGUCAUACAGGCAGAGAUAAUGGUAGAGUGGCCUGAGCAUAGAGGGGGAGGACAAAAGGAGGCGUACGAGUGGGUUAUAGAUCUAUAG